AUUACAUCUAGUAUAUAAAGAGAAUAUUAAUUCCGUGAAAGGUUUUGGAUAUCGUAUAUGUAAGUAUAGAAAUUUCCUAGUAACAACUCAUAAUGCCAUUAAAUCCAGAAUCAAGUCCAUAUUACACCUACUCUGUAAAGGUAUCUGAAGCUUCUUGGCCAAGAUUUACAGGUUCGGUAGUUUUACCAACUCCAAGCUCUGAUUCAAAUGAUUAUAAAUUGAGCAUUGCAUAUAGACGGUAUGAAACUACACAAUCAUCCAAGAAAAUUGGAAAUAAAAGACCCAUAAACUUAGUUUUCAUGCAUGGAAAUGGGAUGAAUAAAGGAUUAUGGCAUUAUCACAUUGAUAAAAUUUAUCUGCAUUAUCAAGAUUCAUUGAAUGAUAGCUAUAUUAAUGUUGUUUUGGCAUUGGAUAAUGCGAAUGAAAAUGAUUCUGCCUAUAUAAAUAGCAAUAAAUUAGGACCUGUUUACCAUUGGAUUGAUGGUACAAAGGAUAUCAUUGCAGUCAUUAAGAAUAAUGAAGCCAGAACCUUUUCCCAACAAAAUACAAUUAAUAUCAUAAUAGGACACUCAAUGGGUGGAUUUCAAUCGCUUAUGGCCUCUAUAAUCGAGCCCAAUUUAUUUCAUGCGGCUAUUCUUAUUAACCCUGUUCUUUAUCAGACUGAAGAAUAUAUGGCAGCAUGCCAGAUUCUUUAUAAUAAAUGGAUCAAACAUCGUAGAGUUGUUUCACAAUUUAAAUUUGAUGGUCCUAAUAAGAAUUGGAAGAAAGAUGUUGAACAAUGGUUUAAGACUAAAUCAUUUUUCAAGAAUUUUCAUCCCCAAGUUCUAUCAAAUAUGAUUGAUGAUGCUACACCUCCCAGAUAUGAUCCUAAUCAAGCUUACGAUGAGAUAAAUUUGAAACAUCCUGCAACUCAAGAAUACUUAACUUACUUUUGGGGUGUUGACUCUGUAUGGCAAUCUAUGGAUAAAUACAAGUUUGCUAAAGUUCCAAUAUACCAUAUAUCGACAGAAAAUGAUCUUGCACCACCUGACCAUGUUAAGCUUACAAGGGAAUUACUUAAAAAUGUAGUAAUUCCUAUAGAUGUGCCUAAAUUUUACCAUUCUGCCAAUGCAGAACAGCCAGACUGGGCAUUGGGGGUGAUUUAUAAUUCAAUUGAUGAUGUGUUAGCAAAAUCUCCAGGACAUAUAAUAAAUGAUUUUAAGUAUAAGGACAUAUUAGGAAAAGAUUAUAAAGAUAAGUUAUACCAAGAAACAUUUAAAAAUUUUAUAGGAGACGAUUUUAACCAACUUAAGAGCUUGUUGUAAACCCAAGUAACUAUUUAUAUUUUUAGAUUUAUAGGUAAUUUAUAUAACUGGUAACAUUUAUUUAGCACCCAACGGGCUGAAGAAACUGCAAAAAGUUACGCACGGAGAUAUGCUCCGCACCGUAAU